UUUUGUUUUGUUUAGCUGAGGAUAAUACUAAAUAAUUUUUUGUAUUGCUUAUUGCCAGCAAUUCAAUCAGUAAAAAUAUCAGAAUAUCAACUAAACAUUCAAAGGAGUAGACGACACAUAAAUAUAAUCCAAAGGACUUCCAAGUUUAGGCCUAAAACCACCUGUCUUCGUUAAAAUUGCAAUGGACCUGCGGAAGUUGUGCAGGAUAUGCUUUGUAGACAGCGCUGCGGUGGACAUCAGAGAACACAGGAGCAGCGGCAGUUCGGAUCACACAGUCCUUGAGCUGAUACAGGCCAUGUUCGGUUGGGAUUUAGCCCUGAAUCUAACUGAGGAGCUUCCUAUGAUCUGCAAUAUAUGUCUGGAAGAGUGCCAGCAGCACUACGCCUUCUUCCGGAAGCUCAAGUUCGCCAAUCAGCAGCUCCUUCAGCUCUACAACGAAGCGGAGGUGGAGAUGUGCCAAGAUGUGGAAGUUUUAGAGGAUCUUAAGGAGCAGCAUAAGCCUGAAGUGACUGAGAUGGCUGGAGGAGAAAAUGAGGAAUGGGAGGAGUUUAUACCCCUGGAUAUUAUAGUAUUAGAACCCGAUCAUCUGACCGACACAAAACCAACUGAGAAAAUAGUCGACACCGUGCCAAAACCCUCACAGAAGCUGGCCAAUCAGGACUCGCUUAUCGUGUCCGAGUUUCUGCCCGCCACCACGACCCAACCGCGUCUGGAUCUGUCCGACUCGCGGCUACAGCAACUGGAGCCACCUGCCUACGAAAUGCGCACCGUGGACUACGCGGCUGUCGAACUGAAGCACUACAACCUGGACGAGUACAACGAGGCCAACCGCCUGCUGGACGUGGAGCCCAGUGGAAGUCAGGCCAUCUACAAGUGUCAGUACUGCCCGUUGGCCUACGCCUCGCCCCAGUAUCUAAAGACCCAUGUGCGCAACUCUCACGUUUGCAAAUACUGCACCACCGCCUUUUCCAAGGUGCGCGAUCUCAACGAGCACAUUCGCCGAAAGCACUCGAACCACCAGUGUGUUGUCUGCUCCAACAGCUUUAGCACCAGCAGCAACCUAAGGGCUCACUUGAAGAAAAUCCACGGAGUUCAGCUACCCGCUCAGGUGGCACUGCUCGAUUACAAGCCAGCAUCCGCGGACCAGGACAGUCCUCGCACUUAAUAAAGUGGACUUAUUCUUACA